CUUCAUUUCUACUUCAAAUUCUAAAUUCCAUAUAUACCCAUUUUGAAUCAUAUCUUACAUACGUACAUGUUAUAAACGAAUAAAGAGUUUAGGAGCGGUCUGGUACCUAGCGGCGGCAGUCGCGUAGGUUUUGUUAUUUCCGGCGUCAAUCAUCCGAUUGGGCUGUCCGGCGGUCUGGUACCUAGCGGCGGCAGUCGCGUAGGUUUUUGUUAUUUCCGGCGCCAAUCAUCCGAUUGGGCUGUCCGGCGGUCUGGUACCUAGCGGCGGCAGUCGCGUAGGUUUUGUUAUUUCCGGCGUCAAUCAACCGAUUAGGCUGUCCGGUACCUUGCGGCGGCAAUCGCAGAGGUUUUGUUGUUUCCGGCGUCAAUCAACCGAUUGGGCUGUCCGGUUGGAGUUUUGUUGGAAUUGUAGAGGUUAUUUGCACUGUGUGGAGAAAAGAAGAUGAGCAUUGUGAGCUGGAAUUGUAGAGGGCUUGGCAAUUUGGCUACGGUACAAGUGCUGAGUGAUCUAGUAAGGGAGCAAAAACCAAUUGUUAUCUUUCUGCUUGAGACCAAAGCUGGAUACCGCCGAGUGAAUGAGGUUUUUUGUGGACUGGGUUUCCGUAAGGGACAGGUGAUUGAGAGUGCUGGUAGAAGUGGGGGACUGGCCCUUUAUUGGAGAGAUGAGGUGUCGAUCAAUAUUUUGGAUUCAAACCAAUUUUACAUUGACUGCUCCAUUCGUAUACAUGAGGGAGAUGAUUAUUGGAGACUCACGGGAUUUUAUGGCAUUCCAGACAGGGGCAGGAGAAAAGAAUCAUGGGAGAUGCUAAAGGACCUUGCGCACCGAAGUGAUCUUCCAUGGAUGGUGAUAGGGGAUUUCAACGAUAUAAUGUUUGCUAGCGAAAAGAGGGGAGGUCUUCCACAACCGCUAUGGCAGAUGCGUGGAUUCCGAGAGGCUAUAUGGGCAAGUGGUCUGCGGGACUUUCCUUUUGAUGGGUAUCAAUGGACAUGGGAGAGAGGAAGGGGAAGUUCAAACUUAGUAGAAGAGAAACUUGAUCGGAUUCUUGUCAAUGAAGAGUGGCAUUUGCGGUUUGGGAAUGCUAGAGCUUUUUCUUUGGAAGGAGUUACUAGUGAUCAUUUGAUGUUAAUUGUCAAACCCAUAGAGGUCCAUCAGGAGCGGUUCAAACGACCUUUUAAAUUUGAAAAUGUCUGGGUGCGGGAAGAAGAAUGUCGGGAGAUUAUAAAACGGAGCUGGGAUUUGAACUUGGGAGGAGCCAUUUGGCAGAAAAUAGGCCGCUGCAGUGAGGACUUGGGACGGUGGGGAAGCACUCGGUGCUUAGGCUUUUCUAGCCGUAUUAAUACGUGUCGUCGAAGGCUAAAAGAGCUACGAGGUAGACGUGGAUUAUGCUAUGAUGUUGAGUUUCAGAGGGUGAAAAAUACAUUAGUUGGGCUUCUUGAACAACAAAUUAUUUUUUGGAAACAAAGGGCAAAGGAGUUUUGGUUGCGUGAUGGCGAUACAAACACAAGAUUUUUCCACAACGCAGUAAGACAUAGGAGAAGAAUAAAUAAAAUCAGGGGCUUGAGAGAUUUGCAAGGGGCUUGGAUAACUGACAGGGAGAGUAUGAAGCAGAUGGUGCAGGGAUACUUUGACAUCCUCUUUUCAACAAGUUUAUCUACCAAUCCUAUGGUAGAUAUGAGUGGGGCUGCUCGAGUGUCUGAAGCUCAAAAUCGGGCUCUAUUACGGCCAAUUACAGUUGAGGAAGUUAGGAAAGCAACUUUCGGCAUGCAUCCUGACAAGUCUCCGGGCCCGGAUGGCAUGAAUUCUGGGUUUUUUCAGAAUUAUUGGAAUAUAGUGGGUAAUGAUGUAGUUGAUUUUUGUGUUAAUUGUUUUGAGCAUGGGCAAAUCCCUUUGGCAGUAAACCAAACUAAUUUAGUUUUAGUUCCCAAAAAAACUAAACCGGAAAGCAUGGGGGAUUGGAGGCCGAUUGCUUUAUGCAAUGUAGUGUAUAAGAUUUUUUCAAAGGUGUUGGCUAACAGAAUGAAGGGGAUCUUAAAUGAUAUUAUUUGCGAAAACCAGAGUGCUUUUGCUCCAGGGAGGAAUAUUAUUGAUAAUGUUGUUAUUGCUUUUGAGACUCAUCAUUAUCUAAAAUGCAAAAGACAAGGUAAGGAAGGUUUUGUGGCAUUAAAGCUGGACAUGAGUAAAGCCUAUGAUAGAGUGGAAUGGAGUUUUUUGAGGACAGUUAUGGUGGAGCUGGGUUUUGAUUUAAGAUGGGUUGAUUUGAUCCUAGAAUGUGUAUCCACGGUGUCGUAUUCUAUACCGUUUGAUAGUUCUGUUAUUGGUCCAAUUAUGCCACAACGGGGAUUGAGACAAGGCGAUCCUCUAUCACCCUACUUGUUUAUAUUAGUGACUGAAGGUCUGAGUGCUCUUAUCCGAAAGCAAGAAGCAGAGGGCAGAUUCUGUGGAGUGGCAGUGGCAAAAAAGGCCCCUAAAGUAUCUCACUUAUUAUUUGCUGAUGAUAGCUAUUUAUUUUUCAGGGCAAACCGCGAAGAAUGUCAGGUAGUUAAAGAUAUACUGAAAACAUAUGAAAUACUUUCAGGUCAGAUUAUAAAUUUUGACAAAUCUAGUGUCUCGUUUAGUUCUAAUGUUGUGGCCGAAAUGAGGGAUGAGCUGUGUUUACUAUUGGGAGUAAAUCAAGAGGUGGUUAGGAGUAAGUAUUUGGGUCUGCCUGCUCUAGUAGGGAGGAAAAAGAGAGAAAUAUUACUCUACUUAAAAGAGAGGGUGUUGAAACGGUUACAGAGUUGGAAUAACCGCUUCCUCUCAAAAGCUGGGAGAGAAGUCCUAUUGAAAACGGUUAUCCAAGCCAUGCCUACGUAUGCUAUGAAUGUGUUUUUAUUCCCUGAUAAUUUGAUCAUGGAGAUUGAGAGACUCAUGAACGGGUAUUGGUGGAGGGGAAAUGAUUUAACAGGUAGGGGCAUUCGGUGGAGGAAUUGGAGGGCAUUGUGUCUCCCAAAAACUUGUGGAGGGCUUGGUUUUAAGAGGCUAAAGGAAUACAAUAUCGCUAUGUUAGGAAAACUGGGGUGGAAACUUUUAACGGAGCCAAAAGCUUUGAUUAGUCGGGUCCUCGCGGCCAAGUAUUAUCCUAAGAAUAGCUUUGUUGAAGCUAAAUUAGGAUAUAAUCCUUCAUUUGUUUGGCGUAGCAUCUUAGCAGCCCAAGAAGUUGUGGUAGCAGGUUCCCGACGCCGGGUUGGGAACGGUAAGGAAAUAUCAGUGUGGAGGGAUGCUUGGCUUCCGGGGAAGGGCACGGGCAAAAUUCUUUCAGCCCGACCAAGAGGUAUUCUAGAUAUGAAUGUUGCGUCUCUGCUUUUAGAAGAUGAAAAAAACUGGAAUGUGCAGCGUAUUAAUAGUAUAUUUUCUGAGGAGGAAGCUCGUGCAAUUCAGAGCAUUCAUUUAAGUAUUAAUCAGGUUGAUGAUGGGUACCGUUGGAAUGAUGAGGCCAAAGGAAAUUUUUCGGUCCGUAGCUGCUACAGGAGACUUGUGGGCGAGUUUCAGGCAACAAAAUGGAUCGGGUGGACCGUAGCUUGGAAAUUUCGCAUUCCACCUAAAGUGAAAUUAUUUUUUUGGCAGCUUGCUAACGGUUUGCUACCUACAGGCGAUGUUAUGAGAGCUAGACAGGUGCAGGUAUUGGGAGUUUGUCCCGUCUGCAAGUUGGAGAAUGAAACAGCAACUCAUUUGUUUUUAGAGUGUGCGGCAGUGCGGGAGACUUGGCAGAAGGCAAGUCUGGCAGAUUCGUUGAGGGAACUUUCAUUUGAGGAAUGGCUUCAGUUCGUGUUUAACAAGUUAGGGGUGGAGGAUCUCUCCAGGCUUAUCAUGCUUAUGUGGAGUGUCUGAAAAGCUAGGAACGCAGCUGUGUGGAAGGCAGAAGCGUUUUCUCCAGGAGUUGUGUACCGAGUGGCAGAAUCCAUGCUAACAAGCUGGAGAGCAGCCCGGAAAGAUGACAAUCAAGCAAUGAGGGUGAAUCCGACCAUAUCCAAAUGGAAGAAACCUGAGAUUAAUUGUGUUAAAAUUAAUGUUGAUGCAGCCAAUGAUUCCAGGUUUAGGCGUUGGGCUUGGGGAUGGGUAUGUAGAGACAAUGAAGGCAAUUUUAUUAAAGCUCGCAGCAGGUGUGCUACAACUUCAUGGUCUCCGGUGGAAGCAGAAGCUCUGGGUGUCCGAGAGGCUAUUUUUUGGGCGAGAGAUAACGGGUGGGGUCAUGUAACUGUUGAAACAGAUGCAGCAUUAGUGGUGUCGGGGAUUGAAGGGGAUCGAGAUGCAUCUCAAGUUGGUCUGAUUUUUGAUGAUAUAAAAUCUCUUUUGAGUGAUAAUGUUAAUCUAAAAAUCAAGUGGUGUGGAAGAUCAGCGAAUCAAGUAGCUCAUGCUAUCGCAAGAGUUGCUGUUUCUAAGUCUGAUUGUGUUUCUAGCUUUUCUAGUCCACCUUCAUUUAUUGUAAGCCGAUUGGCGCAC